UGCAAUCUGUAGGACAUAUCAACCUUCAGUUUUCAGUUCUCAACGAGUUUUCCAAGCUGAAGUUAUGAUAGGAUUUUAAUCAAGAUGCACGCGCUCAGUUCUCUAUCUAUAGUUUUAGUUCUACUUUUAAUUUGUGUCUACUUUUAUCCUUCGGAUGCUCUCGAGUUUAGGUAUCAUAGUAAUGAGGAACUCGAGCAGGUUAUGAGGAAUUUCUCUGAAAGUACAAGGAAUAUUCAUCCGAAUCUAUAUACAAUCGGCAAAUCAUCAAAUGGAAAUGAUCUGUGGGUAAUGGAGCUUAGUGGUUUCAGAAAAGAUUUACCAGAUCUUCCAAACAUCAAAUUCGUUGCCAAUAUUCAUGGCAAUGAAGCAGUUGGAAGGGAAUUACUUCUACACUUUAUGGAGUAUUUGCGAGAUAAUUACGAGAAAGAUCCUUACGUGAAAUGUCUCCUUGACAAUACUCGUAUUCAUCUUUUGCCUAGUAUGAAUCCUGAUGGAUUUGCUGUGGCUAGUCAAGGUCGUUGCAAUGGAGAGCUUGGCAGGAAUAAUGGAAUCGACGGAAGAAAAGAAGACCUAAACAGGAAUUUUCCUGAUUUUUAUCAUGUUAAUAUGAAUCCUAGGCAACCUGAAAGUGAUGCAGUUAUGAGGUGGAUGGACAGAGUGCCAUUCACACUUUCUGCUGGAUUGCAUGGUGGAGCUAUGGUAGCAAAUUAUCCAUUUGACACUGAACGAAAAACAAUGUCCUCACCAAAAAGACUUCCUUCUUUGACUCCGGAUAAUGACGUUUUUGAAUAUCUGGCUUCUACUUAUGCCCAGAACCAUCCCACAAUGAAAAAUGGACUAUGUGAAGAUGGUAGAAAUCCUAGAUUAUUCGAGAAUGGUAUAACCAAUGGAGCUUCAUGGUAUUCUUUCGCAGGUGGUAUGCAAGAUUACAACUAUUUCAAGAAAGGAUGUAUGGAAGUAACACUGGAGAUAUCUUGUUGUAAAUAUCCACGACCUGAAGAAUUGAAAAAAUUGUGGGAACAAAAUAAACAGUCACUUCUGAAGUAUUCUUUGAGGGCGCUGGAAGGUAUUUCUGGCCAAAUAAUUGAUAAUACGACUGGGUUGCCAAUCAAAAACGCUAGUUUGGAAAUUAUAGGAAGAAAUAUGACUUUUUUCUCUACCUCAUAUGGAUAUUUUUGGAGAAUACUCCUCCCAGGAAGAUACAAGCUCAGGGUUAAUGCUCCUGGAUAUUCAACUAGGAUAAUUGAAUUCGAAGUCAAUAAUCAAACAACAGAAUUCUGCCCGAGAAAGAAGAAAUUCCGUAUAAAGAUUAACGUUACCCAGUCAAGUACUCCAGCUCCAAAGCUCGAGCUCAAUGAUAGAUCCAAUUCCGAACAGAAUGUUUCAAAAACUAGAGAGCCUAAGAGCAUCAGUGCCCAGACAUCCUACAAUGAAGAUAUCGUCCCUAAAUCAGAAGAAAUUCUACAAACCUUACCCAAGUCGACGAAUCCAUUGGUUUCAUUAUCUCAGAACAAAUCAAAACUGGACGAUGAAAGGGAAGGAGAGGAAUUUAUUCGGUUUUUACUACAAGAUCCUCUCCUGGACGUCUCCAAGCUGAAAGUGGAGAACGUCAAGAAAUUCCUGAGGAACAGACUUCAAAUAUCCAAAGAGGACAUUAAGGAUUCUUUCGAUAAAAUUCUUGAAAACUUCAAUAAUAUGUCUAAUAGCGAAAAAGUUCGCACCUUCGUCAAAAUCUUCAGUGUUUUAGUGGAGAAGCCUCUGGAACAAACCGAUUCUAAGUGGUUAGAGGAAUAUCUGAGAGGACGAUAUGUUGUAAACGAUUUGACAAAACUAGAAUAUAGUAUUCAGAAGUAUGAUAAGGCAACAGUUUUCGAGAAGAUAGAUAUAUUGUUGGAUUUUGACUCCAUUUUAGCUGUUUCCAACGCUGGUUUUCAGGUCUCAUAUUCUUACUUUAUCUCAUAUACAACUUUGUUGAUGUUGAUGUUUCACCAAAACGACCGUAUUCCACUUUUUUUUCGUUGGUAUGAAUUAAUCUCACUGUUACUUCGAUCUGAGAUGUACAUCAUGGUUUUCCAACGGUUUUCCUUUUUGUUAUUCCUGAUAUCCAACAUUGCUGAUUCGGGAGAGUGUAAAUACCACAGCAACGAUGAGAUUUUCAGUUUCAUGAGGAAUUUUUCUCGGGAAACCUCACUGAGAACCCGCGUUUUUUCAAUCGGAUAUUCGGUUGCAGGCAUUCCACUGAAGGUUCUGGAAUUCAAUCAACCAGGAGAUAGGAUUGGAGUACCAAACAUUAAGUUCAUCGCAAACAUUCAUGGCAAUGAAGUUGUGGGAAGAGAAAUACUUAUUCAUUUCAUAAAGUUUCUCGAUCAUCAUUACGAAACAGACCAAGACGUGAAAUGUUUGCUUGAUAACGCUAGAGUCUACAUUCUUCCAACAAUGAACCCUGACGGCUUCAACGUGGCUACGAAAGGUUGCAUGGUUGGGAAGGGUCGUCAUAACAAAAAUGACUAUGAUCUCAACCGGAAUUUUCCAGAUUAUUUCAACGGUAAUUACUACGGGGUCAGUGAAGAGGAAUACAGAAAGAAGAUUCAGCCUGAAACGGCUGCCAUAAUGAACUGGAUGAAACAUGAAACGUUUGUUCUAUCGGCCAGCUUACACGGUGGCGCAAUGGUGGCAAAUUACCCUUUCGACAGUAUUGGCAGCACAGAUGACCAGAAUAAUAAAGGAGAAGCACUGACACCAGACCAUGACGUCGUUUACAGUAUAGCAAAAGCAUAUGUCGAUGCACAUGAAAGAAUCUCCAAAGGCAUUCAGUGUCCUCAAGAUAUUCUCGGUGUUUCUUAUUUCGAAGAUGGAUUAACGAAUGGUGCACAUUGGUACAUUCUCAAAGGGGGAAUGCAAGACUACAAUUAUGCAUUUGAAGGUUGCAUUGAAAUAACUUUGGAAGUAUCUUGUUGCAAGUAUCCAGAGCCGGAGAAGAUUCCUCUAUUUCUGGAGGAGAACAUGCAACCACUCCUGCAAUAUGGACUUCAAGCCUUGCGAGGAAUAAAAGGAAGAGUUAUAGAUUGCCAAACGAGAGAACCCAUAGAAGGGGCAACCUUGCACAUUGUUGGACGUAAAAUUCCUUUCAAAACUAGUAGAAAAGGGGAGUUUUGGCGUAUUUUGAAACCCGGAGAAUACAGUCUUCACGUGUCAGCUGAUGGUUACGUGUCCGUUGAAAUACCAAUAUCUGUGGAAGAAUAUGCAAAUGAUGAAUGCCCAAGAAUUCCCAUGAAAAUUAUCCCUCUGCAGGCUGAAAAUUGAACACCCCUCUCUACUCACUAGUAUACAUUAUAAAUAACCAUUGUGUAUAACACCAUAUAAAGAAGGUCUACCUACACUGACAGAAAAACUCCCAAUAAAAGAGUUCA